AUGACUGAAGGCGAGGCUAAUACUAUCGGUGUCAAAUCCGAAAUUUCAUUGAAAAGACCUGCUGAAAGUGACUCAAAUAAUAUAACGUCAGAUGCCAUUAUCACGAAGAGACCAGUAAUUGUACCAACCUGCAAAGCGAAACUACGUUAUAGUCCAUUGAAAACUGGUCUUUGCUAUGAUGUCAGAAUGCGAUACCAUGCUAAAAUUUUCACGUCUUACUUUGAAUACAUCGAUCCCCAUCCGGAAGAUCCUAGACGUAUCUACAGAAUUUACAAGAUACUAGCGGAAAACGGACUUAUCAACGAUCCGACGUUAAGUGGUGUUGACGAAAUCGGAGAUUGGAUGCUGAAAAUACCGGUCCGGGAAGCGACUGACCUAGAAAUUUUAGAAGUUCACACGAAGGAACACUUGGAAUUUCUUUCGCGAACUCCUCAAAUGACCCGAGACCAGCUUCUGAAAGAGACCGAGAAGGGAGACUCUGUGUACUUUAACAACGAUUCACUAUUAAGUGCCCGGCUGUCAUGCGGUGGUGCGAUCGAGGCGUGCAAAGCCGUUGUUGAAGGGCGUGUCAAAAAUGCCCUAGCUGUUGUAAGACCUCCGGGCCAUCAUGCAGAGCCAGAACUGGCCGGCGGAUUCUGUCUGUUCAGCAACGUUGCGGUGGCUGCUCAAAACAUGCUAAAGAACUAUCCUGAAAGUGUUCGGAAAAUCAUGAUUCUAGACUGGGACGUGCACCAUGGAAACGGAACUCAAAAGGCCUUCUACAAAGACGACAGGGUCCUCUACAUAUCGCUUCACCGUUAUGAACUAGGGAAGUACUAUCCGGGUACCAUCCAUGGUAAUUACGACCGAACUGGUGAAGGCAAAGGUGAGGGAUUCAAUUGCAAUAUUCCGUGGCCAUGUGGGGGUCUAGGCGAUGCUGAGUACCUAUGGGCGUUUGAACAAGUUGUAAUGCCCAUGGCUCGAGAAUUUGGCCCCGAUCUAGUGAUCAUUUCGUCGGGUUUUGAUGCUGCCGAUGGUGAUACCAUUGGCCAGUGCCACGUAACUCCUAGCUGUUACGGGCACAUGACGCAUAUGCUCAAAUCUUUGGCAAGAGGAAAUCUUUGUGUGAUACUAGAAGGCGGAUAUAGCUUGGAUUCAAUCGCAAAGAGUGCACUAGUCGUUGCAAAAGUUCUGAUAGGCGAGCCUCCAGACGAAUUACCCAAGGUAAAGCAGCCCAAGCCGGAAGCAGUGGAAAUAGUUGAUACAGUAAUUAAGGCACAGUCCAAAUAUUGGAACUGUUUCAAGAGCACACACGGUAAUGACGGAUGCAAUUUCAAACAUAAGGUCAGUGAUACAAUUGUCAACAAGAAUUUUCCACUACAAAGUGCUAUACGCCAGCAGCAGAUAAAAAUUCUGGCUAACGAGUACAGAUUUGUCACACUUCCGCUAUUUAACCUAGGUCUUAAAGAUGACGCUGUAAUCUGUUCACCCAACAUUUAUGAGGCCUCGUCUAUCAUUGUCUGCGUCCACGAUACACCCGAAAUAUGGGCACAGCGUAGCCGAGUUACGGGAAUGAUAGAUCCUUCUACGUCCAUUAUCAUUGAUACCACCGUAGAUGUCAUUAAAUGGGCAUCUGGAAGAAAAUAUGGCGUAAUUGAUGUGAAUAUCCCACAGUCGCUACACGAGCAAGAUAAUUAUUCCGCUGUAUCAAUUGCGCAAGAAGUUUUAGUUUUCGUUUGGGAUAAUUAUCUCAAGUUUUUCCCUUUGCUCAACAAGCUUGCAUUUGUUGGAAUUGGAGAUGCUCACAGUGGCGUUGUGCACCUAUUAGGUCACAGGGAUACACGCAGCGUUGUGAAAGCUGCUAUUUCUUUCAUUGAUCAGAAACCUCUACGGCCUCUAAUACCAUUGGUCGAUGAAUCAUUAGCAGAUUGGUAUUAUAAAAAUUCAUUGGUAUUUGCAAGCAUGGAAAACGCAUGUUGGGGAAGUGACGAUAAUGAUCAAAAGAAGCCAAGAAAGAAAUUUGGGAGAGUUCUGAAGUGUGACACUGAUGGUCUUAAUAACAACUUUGAGGAGAGGUUUGAUGAAGCAACAGACUUCAUUCUUGAUGCUUUUGAAGAGUGGAGUGACAGUGAAUAA